AUGUCUUUCAAUGAGACUGAGAAUAUUCUCCUGUGUUAUCCUUUACAUCCAGACUCUUGUCCUAGAGCUCAUCGUCUCACUGGAGUUAAAAUGGCAAUGUACGCUUUCAUUUCACUCAUGAUCCUCAUGACAGUUUUUGGGAAUCUGCUGAUCAUCAUCUCCAUCUCUCACUUCAAACAGCUUCAGUCUCCAACUCAUCUGCUCGUUCAGUCAUUGGCUGUGUGUGACUGUCUGCUGGGUUUACUGGUGAUGCCCUACAGUAUGGUGCGAACGGUCGAGGGCUGCUGGUUUUUGGGAGAUGUUGUUUGUAAAAUUCACUCUAGCUUGAUCGUAACCCUCUGUUUCUCUUCUUUAAUACAUCUUAGUUUAAUAUCUAUUGAUAGAUACUGGGCCGUCUGUGACCCUCUGAGGUACAAAAUGAGGAUCACAAACACCACUGUGACUGUAUGUAUUACCUUUACAUGGAUCUUUUCAUUUGUGUACCACUUUAGUAUUGUGUUUUCAGGGGUGAAUGCUGUUGGUCUGGAAGCUCUUAUAUCACAGGCGUCUUGUUUUGGUGGCUGUGUUCUGUUUUUUAACAAAGAAUGGGCACUUACUUGUAUAAUAUUGGCAUUUAUUAUUCCAGGAACUAUAAUGAGCUCUCUGUAUAUCAUCAUAUUCACUGUUGUAAAGAAACACGCAAAGGUUUUGUCAGAGAAAGUGUCUGUGACCACCACAGGUGUUAACAGUCAAAGCUCUGCACACAGAGAAAGAAAAGCAGCUAAAACUCUGGCUCUUGUUAUGGGCGUUUUCUUUCUCUGCUGGCUGCCUUUUUCUAUUGCUGCUACUGUUAAUCCUUUCUUUAAUUUUGUGAUCCCAGCUGAUGUUUUUGAGGCUUUAGUUUGGCAAGAGCUCAUAUUCCGUAUGCAGGAUGUGGGACGGGUCCAACAGUACUCUCCGUGCUUGCCUAAGUACAGACUGCUCAUAGAUGGACUGAAGGGAGAGCUUUUCAGUCCUCCCCAUCACCUUCAUAGCAGUCUGGUCUCUGUGAUGGAUUCGAAUGGACUCCCUCCCGGCCAACAAGGACAGCCCAACACGGUGGGCCCCUCUCGGUACACGGAGGUUCGUGCUGUAAGCAGAGGUAAGUCAUACACAAGACUGGGACUUUACUUUCUUCCCCAGGGUCGUGCUGUAAGCAGAGUUCCAUGA